AUGACCGCAGAGCUUCUAUGGGACAAUCAUGUCGACGAAGAUAUAGGGGAUCUACUUGACUUGGUAACGAGGAUUUCACUGUCAACUCGCGACAUUGUCAACAACGAAUUAGACGCUCAGCCAAAAAACGUUCCAGAAACGGACUCAUCACCACUGAGUGACGAGAGUCUUUCAACAGCAGAACUGGAACGGAUUCCAAAAUAUCCUAGCUUCAGCCUAUUGCGACGAAUACAGGCGCAUAUCGACCUACGGCCUGGUUUUGUUUGUGCAAAAAUUACUCCGGACGAUGUUCCUCUCUCAGAAAAUAUUCAUCGUCAGUUGAUAAUGGAUGAAAUUCGCUCGAGGCUUGACACCACGACCAUGCGAGUCUACGCUCGACGGCAUGACAAAGGCGCUGCUUUACGACGAGCUGCUGUUCCGUCGUUCUUUGUGCCAAGACGACGAGGCAUCAAUAUACCACCGUCUUAUUUGGCUCUUAUUGAAAAAAUGAAUCCAAUGCUGUUUAGUCAGAUUCACAAUGAUGAAGUGAACAGACUACCCAGGGCACCAAUGGAUAUUCAGUAA